AUGGGCACAAAUGCUCCACGCCACCUGGGGCUAGUCUCAACGGCCUUACUACCGGCCAACCGCAUGAUUGGAGCAGCGAUAUUCUCUGUCCCGUCCUCGAUUAUAGUUUCCGUUGGCAGUGCAGGCGCUGCGCUCUCUUUAUGGGUACUCGGACUGACACUCUCACUGUGCGGCUUUUACAUCUGGCUUGAAUUAGGGUGCUUAAUGCCAAGUAGUGGAGGAGAGAAAGUAUACCUCGAGGCUGCGUACCCCCGACCGUAUCGACUUGCGGGCACUUUAUUUGCCUUCUACAUACUUUUCGCAUUCGGAGGCCUGGCGAGCAUUGUUGUGGCUGAUAACUUCCUUCUAGCAGUCGAUUGCACUGCCUCUGACCUACAGAAGCGAGCACUGGCAAUAGCCGUUCUCUUUGUAGUCGCGGCGAUCCUAUCCGUAUCACAGAAAUGGGGCCUCCGCAUCAUGAAUCUUCUGGCCUUGGUGAAGAUGGCCAUUCUACUAUUGAUUAUAUGUACCGCUUUCGCGAUCACUGUCGGUGUGAUUCCGAGCAAGGGUCCUACUGACCGGGGGACCAAUUUCCGGCAGCCGUUUGCUGGGUCGUCGAGCAAUAUCUAUGACUAUACAGUAAGUCUGUUCAAAGUGCUUGGUUCGUUUCAAGGAUGGAAUAACUCCAGCCUUAUCCUGGGGGAGGUCUCCAACCCCCAACGCACCCUCAAGAUGGCUGGUGUAUUCGGCGUCGGAUCUGUCGGGGUGCUCUAUCUUCUGGUCAAUGUCUCCUAUCUGAUCAUUGCCACACCGGACGACAUGAGACAAACCGGCCUACAACUUGUGGCACGCAUACUGGGCAGCGUGUUUGGGAGUGCAACGACACGUGUGACCGGCGCCAUGGUCGCCCUUUCAUCCCUGGGCAGUAUCAUGUCUGUUGCAUUUACCGUAUGCAGAGUAAUCCGUGAACUUGCCAUGGACGAAGUGAUCCCGGCAUCCAGCAUGCUUUCCACGACCACUCGCUCCGGCAACCCAACACCGGCAACAUUUGUGUACCUAUUCGGGACGUCGGCGGCGGCCAUGGCUCUGAUUCCCUUCGGUGAUGCUUAUGAUUUCCUCAUCGAUGCAUCGCAGUACCAGGCCGCGAUGAUCAAUUUCGCGGUGGUAGUUGGAGUGUUUAUCAUCCGCCAAAGAGUACCGGCUGCCGAGUAUCCGUUUCGUGUGUGGACGUCAAUCGCCUAUGUCUUCCUCGCUGUUCAGGUCUAUCUCCUUGUGUCCCCGUUUUGGAGCCCCCAGGGACAGGGCGAUACCAGUUUGCCGUACUGGCUGGCGCCGAUGGUCGCUAUUGCGGGGUUUGGAUGCGGAGCGUCUUACUGGUGGUGGGCUCGGGACAAAACUGUUACCCGAGACCGGCCAUCCCGGACCCUGCUUGACAGAACGCAAGCCUACGGGUCUGUGCCAGGGGGUUGA